AUGUCAUAUUCGCAUAAUACACCCGUGCUCAUUCUUAAGGAAGAGACAGACACUCGAUUUGGUAAAAAUCAGAUAAUAAGAAACAUAGAAAUGUGCGAAAAGAUCGCAGAUAUUCUUAAAACAACAUUGGGACCUAAUGGAUUAGAUAAAAUGUUUUUUAACGGAAAAACCAUGCUUAUUACAAAUGAUGGUGCCACUAUAAUGAAGAGUCUAGAAAUAGUAGAUCCUGCUGCACAGGUUUUAUUGAAUGUUUCUGAGUCACAGGACAGGGACAUAGGAGAUGGCACAACUAGUGUAGUAAUAUUUUCAUCUGCAAUACUUAAAAAGCUCAAACCAUUAGUGAAAGAAGGCACUUGUAUAUCUUUAAUAACGAAAGAGCUAAGCAGGCUUAGUGCUGUUAUAUCUUCUAUGUCAAAGGAGUUAUUAGUUGAUUUUGGGAGUGAUUCGUUACAGAUGCUAGCUGAGACAAGCUUAAACUCAAAAAUACUCAGCAACCACAAGAGACACUUCAGUGAUUUAGUAAUGAAAACACUUAACACAGAGGACAAAGAUAUUUCCGUAAAGAAAGUAAGUGGUGGGUCGAUUGAAAGCAGUUUUAUAAUCGAUGGUGUAGCAUUUGAGAAGUGCUUUACGUAUGCUGGGUAUGAGCAGCAGCCAAAGAGAAUUGUAAAUCCAAAAAUAGCUGUUAUGAAAAUAGAACUAGAGUGGAAGAGUGAAAUUGAAAACAGCGAAAUGCGAAUUUCAGGCGCCUCAGAGUAUUCCAAGGUUGUAUCAACAGAGUGGAAACUAAUCACCGACAGACUAGAUAAAAUUAUACAGUCUGGUGCUAAUGUAGUUUUAAGCACGCUCUCCAUUGGUGACUAUGCCACUCAGUACUUUGCAAAGUAUGGAGUAUUCUCUGCUGGUAGAGUGCCAGAGAAUGAAAUUGACAGAAUAACACACGCAUUCGGUGGGAGAGUUGUAAGCACAGUUUCUCUUAUAAAUGAAAAGUCUCUUGCACAUUGUGCUUUAUUCGAAGAGAAAGAGAUUGGAAGAACAAGAUACAAUAUGUUCUACAACAGUGAUAAUCAUGCAAGAACAUCCAGUGCCACAACAAUUAUACUAAGGGGCCCAGGGGCUGAAAUACUAGCAGAAGUUGAGAGAAGUCUCCAUGACUCCAUGGCAGUCACCAGGAGAACAGUUGCAACCAAAGAAAUUGUGGCAGGAGGCGGUGCAUACGAAAUGGAAAUAAGCAGAAGAUUAAGAAAACUAGCAAGUGAGUGCAGUACAACCGAAAGGUUUGUUAUUAAAGCAGUUUCUGAAGCAUUUGAAGCAAUUCCCUUCCAGUUAGCUAAGAAUUUUGGUCAUGAUGCAAUUAAAACCGUACAGAUGCUAAGAAAAGCCCAUGGAGAUGGUCUUGUUAAUUACGGUGUCAGUGAAAGUGGUGUAGAUGAUUCUCUCGCAUCGUAUGUAAUUGAACCAUUAGAGGUGAAAAAGCACAUGGGCCAUGCAGCUAUCAGUGCAGCAAUAGCCAUACUCUCAAUAGAUGCAACUAUUGUCUCAGGGAGUAAGCAGCAAUAAAUUAUUUU